GCGCAUGCGUGAGGGCCAGCGUCGUCAUCUUGAUAUCUCACUCGAAUCGUUAAUCAAUGGAAAUCGAAAUAUUCUUGGCGGAGAAAAGAUCAGGCAAAGUGAUCAGCAAAUCCACGUAAAAGUCUUGAUACAGGGCACCAAGAGCAUGCCUGCUGUCUACCUGCGAUCUAAAUUAGUCCCGCAUGGGCUUCUAUGGAGUUCGAAAGAUCAACAUAGGCUGUACUCUGUUCCCACCCUCGAUGCGGUUACACUGGACCUUUCCCGGAACUACCUCUUGCGUUACAAGCUUACCCAUAUCAUGGAAGAAAUUAUUCGUACUGACGCUGCAAAGACACCACUUCGACAACGAACCCCAGAAUACUUUGUACGGAAAUAUUUAGAACACUACGCGUAUCCGAAUAACGCACGUCGCCGUCGCCUCAUCUUCACGGAGUCAGACCCGAAUGUCGAUAGCAAUGGGAAUACUCGUAUCCCAAGACAUCUACGAUCCGUCCACAAAACUGAGAUAUUCAGCCUCUUUGCAUCGCAGGCAGAAUGGAUAUAUGCAUAUCAAUGCGCAAAGCCAAAGCCAAGACGCGUGAUUGAUAUCAAAAGUUGGGGCGAAUUUAUUCCAACAGUGAACAAAGCGAGAAAGAACGCCGCACGAGAAGGAAUCUUGUGGGGUUGGCCCAUAGGUGGGGAGCCACAACUUGACGAGAUCAAUGAAGAAACGUCAGAGUCUGAUGAAGCUGAAAGCUCGGACAUCGCUGAUCGUGUACGGAUCAUUGGCAAGGAUGCCGCCACUAUGCGCAGAGCUAUACGGAAUGCAAAGAAAGCAAGUUUUAAAGGCAAAGAACCCAUGACGCGAGCUCUCUCCCGCUCCCCUACACCAUCUUCAGGCGACGAACCUGACCCUUUGCAAAUGCAUCACUAUGACACAGACUUCUCUGAGUCAUCUACUGAAUCGGCAUCCCUGUCAUCAUCAGAUGAAGAUAGUCGCUAUGACAUAGAUCCACGCAUUUACGACAAGGUUCCUCUACCAUUAUUUCGCAAACCUGAUCCUCCUCGCAGAGACAUGCGUUGGUGGUGUCCGGUUCGAGAUUGUUCAUACCUGAUUGAUAUGAGGAAUCUUACAGAAGAAAAUGUAGGGAACCUUCGUGGAGAUAUCGUGUUGCAUCUGACAAGUGGCAACUGGCGCAACUUUUACGAAGACCGAAAGGUGUUUUAUGGUUUUAUCGACAUGGUGAAUUCACAUUAUAACGACCAUUUGUUAAAACUGGGACUCAAGUGGACGGAUGCUGUCGACAAAGAGGUAAACUUGAGUAAUAAUGAUUAAAUGAAUCUUGAUACUUACGGUGCAUUGUAGCGCGUUCUUGUUUGGGCCCAUCCCAAAAGGCGCCAGUGAAAAAAGAUAUCCUUGAUAUGAAGAUGGAUUCAAUGGGUUUCACAUAUGACCUAUUCCAUACAGUUACGAUUGUAAGGAGCUAUAAAUUUAAACCCUGGUGUAAUUUAUCGAGGCGAGGAGCCAAUUGUCUUGGGUUACAUGAGUUGUAAAGGUAUCAGGAUACAACGUAGAGCGAGAACCGCCGAUGGAUCACGAAGCAAGCUAUACUUGCAACCUGGAUAAAUAUGGCCUGACAGCGACAGAAACCACUAUGAUGCCGUUUAGCACCAGGAAUAGCUAGUUUUCCUCGGUUAUUUGA